AUGGAAGCCCACAGCCCUUACAACUAUCACAUCCGUGGGAUAGACAUCAAUGGUAACAGCUCACACCCAUUCUCAUUAUCACCUAUACUGCCUUCACCGACGAUACCCCAGCCAUCAUCGUUGCAAACUCCACCAUCAGAUGAUUCAUCUCCUCUAUCGUUGUCGCCGCAAAUUUCAUCCCCGCUGCAUCUAAGGUCGUCGUCCCAACAGAUUCCUUUCAAUGUACAGAGUUACAGCUCUAUGCAGCCACCUCAAAACUACGCAAAUGUUGGCUCAGCUUUGCUCCAUUCUCAUCAACUAUUCUAUAGCAAAUUAUCAUCACCUGAACUAAAUGUUGCCUUGGGAAACAUCGAUAAGAGUGGAGGCACCCAAGUUGGUGGUGGACACAAUGAGAGAUUUGGUUUGUCUAGCCCUCAACAAAGUGAUGACGGCUUGGACGGGGUGAUGCCUAAGUCCUUUUAUGCAGGAGAAAGUUCUAGUGGCGGUGAUGCAGGAAGCAAUCUUGGUGGCCUCAACUUCCAAUUAGCAAGAAUUGUUGUAGUUGGUUUGUCGUGUCGUUUUCAGUAA